AUGCCAAAAUAUGCAAAAUUCCUUAAGGAGCUUCUAACCAAUAGAAGGAAGAUGGAGGAGGUGAAAGAAGUAGUACUUAAUGAAAAUUGCUCAGCUGCCAUGUUAAACAAAUUACCAAAGAAGAAGGGUAACCCGGGAAGCUUGACUUUGCCUUGCCAAUUUGGUAACAUGGAUACCAUUCAUGCUUUGGCUGAUUCGGGAGCAAGUGUGAACCUCAUGCCUUAUUCAUUCUUCAAGAAAUUGGAUCUCCCAGAACCGAGGCCAAUUCGUAUGAUUUUUAUAAUUCUAGACAUGGAAGCGGAUCCUCAAGUCCCAAUCAUCCUUGGAAGACCUUUCCUCAACACGGAAAGUGCUAUAGUGGACAUGAGAGACUCGAAGCAUACUUUACGGGUAGGAGAUGAUUCAGUCACUUUCGGGGUUGAUCAAGCUAUGAAGCAUGCGAGGAAUAGUGAUGACAUGGCGUUCUCGAUUGACAUGUUUGAUGAAUUGAUGGAGGAAUGUGAUAAUAAAGAUCCUGACAAGUCCACCAUCUUUGAUGAAGAUUUUUGA